CAACUGGCUGCUAACCAGCCUGUGCCACAGCCCAGCAUUCGGUGCUAAAAGUGUAAUUUCAGUUUGAUUUGCAGUUUUCUUUCUUGCAAUAGAACUGAAUAUUCAGCCCUUCAGAGUCUUCCCAGGUGGGACCCUAAGCUGAAAUGAGUCCUGAAACUGAGCUGGAAGACAGACAGACAGCAAAGAAUCACUUUAGUCAAUUGAAACACCAAGCCCAGUGCUAGUUUCACUCGAACAUUCUCACAGCACUGCUUGCGAGAUAAAGUCCUAAACCCUCACAUUGUACAUCUUCUUGGGCUGUUGAAUGCGCCUGUGUUCUUAGGGCCGUUUCCUCAUCGGUCUCUUUAUAGGACUGCAGUUGUCACCUCUGAGGCCUGUUUCUGUGACCAGCUUUCCACCCCUUGCUCUCUCUCCAGGGUCUGGAAUGAUGCUGUUGCCGAAUCCUCAGCCGUUUCUCCCCCUUUGCGAUGGAGUGGGACUGAGUCAGGGCCCAAUCGCUUUUGAGGACGUGGCUGUGGAUUUCUCCCUGGAGGAGUGGGUUCUCCUGAAUCCGGACCAGAAAGCCUUGCACAAGCAGGUCAUGGAGGAGAUGAAUGGGAUUGUGGCCUCUCUCGUAGAUAACAGAGAGAAGAGCCAUGUAUGCACCAAGUGCAGGAAGCACCACACAGGAGAGAAACCAUACAAAUGCCAGGAGUGUGGGAAAUGUUUUGCUUCCAGUUCACACUUGGUGAGCCACAAAGGACACCAUACAAGAGAGAAGCCAUACAAAUGCCAGGAGUGUGGGAAAUGUUUUGCUUCCAGUUCACACUUGGUGAGGCACAAACGACAUCACACAGGAGAGAAGCCAUACAAAUGCCAGGAGUGUGGGAAAUGUUUUGCUUCCAGUUCAGACUUGGUGAGGCACAAACGACAUCACACAGGAGAGAAGCCAUACAAAUGCCAGCAGUGUGGGAAAUGUUUUGCUUCCAGUUCAGCCUUGGUGAGGCACAAAAGACUCCACACUGGGGAGAAGCCAUACCAAUGCCAGGAGUGUGGAAAAUGUUUUGCUGACAGUUCAGACUUGUUGAAGCACAAAAGACACCACACAGGAGAGAAGCCAUACAAAUGCCAGGAGUGUGGGAAAUGUUUUGCUUCCAGUUCAGACUUGGUGAAACACAAAAGACACCAUACAGGAGAGAAGCCAUACAAAUGCCAGGAGUGUGGGAAAUAUUUUGCUGACAAUUCAACCUUGGUGAAGCACAAAAGACUCCACACAGGAGAGAAGCCAUAUCAAUGCCAGGAGUGUGGGAAAUGUUUUGCUUACAGUUCAGGUUUGGUGAACCACAAAAGACACCACACAGGAGAGAAGCCAUACAAAUGCCAGGAGUGUGGGAAAUGUUUUGCUGACAGUUCAGACUUGGUGAAACACAAAAGACACCACACAGGAGAGAAGCCAUACAAAUGUGAGGAGUGUGGGAAAUAUUUUGCUUUCCGUUCAACUUUGGUGAGCCACAAAAGACUCCACACUGGAGAGAAGCCAUACCAAUGCCAGGAGUGUGGGAAUUGUUUUGCUUACAGUUCAGCCUUGGCGAGGCACAAAAGACUCCACACAUGUGAGAAACCAUAAAAAUGCCAUGAAUGUGGAAAAUGUUUUACUCAGAGUUCAUCCCUUAACCAGCACCAGAGAACACAUACAGGCUAAAAAACAGCCAUUGUGGGUAAAUGUCUGAUUUCAAACGGGACCCUUUGAGAAGUUCUGCAUCAGAUUUGGUGGAGCCCAGUUCUUGUCAUCUGAAUCCGUGAGUUGGAGGUCCUGGAGGGUUAAAUAUGGUUGUCUUUCACCUCAUCUGAAAAGAAAUAAACCAUAUGUGAUUCCAUCAGUUCUUCCUCUGGGCUUAGUUUCCAGCUCCAUUUCCACCCUGGUUGCAAAUGUCCAGUUUGUGAAUGUUGUGCCCUUACAGAAACAUCCUCUGUUUUCCUCCUCAGUCAGGAGUGGUUAGCUUGCGUAUUGUGAAUAGCCAUUACAGGAGGGAUCCAGAGUUAGCCCCUUCCCUUUCAGACAGUGCUUCCCAACCAGUGGUCCACGGACUACCCGAGGUUCACAAGAACUAAAAUACAUCUUGCCUUCUAACUUUUCCUUCCCUUUGCCUUCUUUUCUCUUGCCCUUUUCUCUUUUCUUCCCUUAAUUCUUUCCUUCUAUCCUUGUUUUCUCUUCCCUUCCUUUGCCUUCCUUCCCUUUACCCUCUUUUCCCAUUCCUUCCCUCCCGCCCUUCCUUCUCUUUCCUUCCUUUGCCUUUUCUCAUGCCCUUUGUUCCUUCCUUUUUCUCUUCCCUUCCCAUCCUGCCCUUUGCCGCCUUUUCUCUUACUCUUGCAUCCUUUUUCUCUUCCCUCCUUUUUCUCUUCCCUUCCCUUCCUUCCCUUUGCCCUUUCUCUUCCCCUGCCUUUUCAUCUUUUCUUCACUUCCUUUUCCUUCUUUUCUCUUACCCUUCUCUCCUUUUUCUUUUCCCUUCCCUUCCUUCCCUUUGCCUUUUCUCUUGCCCUUCCUUUUUCUCUCUUCUUCCCUUCACUUCAUUUCCUUUUCCUUCUUUUCUUUUGUCCUUCUUUCCCUUUUCUCUUCUCUCUUCUUCCCUUCCUUUGCCUUCUUUUCUCUUGCCGACAAUGGUUCGGGUCCACCCUAUCUUUGCGAUCACAUCUUCCCCUAUAAACCUGCACAGCCUUUAAAAUCUGCUGGGAAGGCCCUUCUCUCACCCCCUGCCUCAUCACAAGCACAGGUAAUAAUAAUAAUAAUAAUAAUAAUAAUAAUAAUAAUAAUAAUAAUAAUAAUAAUAAUAAUAAUAAAUGUAUAUACCGCCCUAUCUCCUGGAUGGAACACAGGGUGGUUUCCAAUCAUAAAAACAUAAUAACACAGUGUUAACCAAGGUAAAACAAUAAUAUUAUAUAGCAAUAAAUAACACUUACACAACCUGAUCAAGGGGACGGGAACCAUAAACCCAAUAUAUUAAAGUGUGUCAUUUUAGGCUAGUUAAAUCUUGUGCAAUAUAUUCAGGCCCAGAGAUCGGCGGUAUUCCAAUGUAAUUACUCAAAAACUUGCCGACACCACCAGGUCUUCAGUUCCUUACGAAAAUUGGAUAAUGUAGGGGAUUACCUGAUCUCAUUUGGCUGUGCAUUCCAGAGCCGGGGGUCACUGCCGAGAAGGCUCGUUCCCUCGUCCCCACCAGCUGCACUUGACACGGUGGUGGGAGCACGAGGAGAGCCGCCCUGGAUGAUCUCAAGAUCUACACUGGCUCAUAGGAGGAGAUGCGAUCACGGAGAUAGGUAGGGCCCGAGCCGUAUAGGGUUUUAUAGCUGCUUCAAUAGGGGCAUUGUGUGCUCCCUAUAGCUGGCUCCAGUUAGAAAUCUGGCUGCUGAUCUUUGAAACAGUUGAAGUUUCCGGGCCAUCUUCAGGGGCAGCCCCAUGUAGAGAGCAUUGCAGUAAUCCAAUCUGGAUGUAACUAAGGCAUGGACCACUAUGGCCAAGUCAGACUUCUCGAGGUAUGGUCGCAGCUGGCGCACAAGUUUUAAUUGUGCAAAGGCCCUCCCGGCCACCGCCGACACCUGGGCCUCAAGUGCCAGAGAUGAAUCCAGGAGGACCCCCAGACUGUGGACCUGCGCCUUCAGGGGGAGUGCGACCCCGUCAAGCACAGGUUGCCACCCAAUACCCCGAUUGGUCCCACGACUGACCAGGAGGGCCUCUGUCUUGUCUGGAUUAAGCUUCAACUUAUUAGCCCUCAUCCAGUUCGACACAGCUGCCAGGCACCGGUUCAGGGUCUGAGCGGCUUCCGUGGAGUUUGGUGGAAAAGAGUAGUAGAGUUGGGUGUCAUCUGCAUAGAGAUGGCACCGAACUCCAAAACCCCGGAUGACCUCUCCCAGUGGUUUCAUGUAGAUGUUGAAAAGUAUGGGGGAGAGAAUGGAACCUUGCAGAACCCCACAGGUCAAAGGCCAGGGGUCUGAGCAGGUGUCCCCCAGCUUCACCAUCUGGGAACGACCCUCCAGGAAGGAGCGGAGCCACUGCAAAGCAAUGCCCCCAAGACCCAUUCCCGAGAGCCGCCCCAGAAGGAUACCAUGGUCGAUGGUAUCGAAAGCUGCUGAGAUGUCCAGGAGAACCAGAAGGGAUGCACUCCCCCUAUCUAGUUCUCUGCGGAGGUCAUCCACCAAGGCGACCAAAGCCGUUUCAGUCCCAUGACCAGGCCUGAAGCCAGACUGUGACGAAUCCAGAUAAUCGGUCUCAACCAAGAAUUCCUGGAGCUGAGAAGCAACCACUCUCUCCAGGACCUUGUCCAAAAAUGGGAGGUAAUUGUUCAAUAAUAAUGAAUCUAAAGUCGCCUUCUUUAAUAUGGGCCUCACAAUCACCUUUUUAAGGCAAGAUGGGACAUGCCCUUGCUGCAAAGAGGUGUUGAUGAUACCCGUAAACCAGUCAGCCAGCCCCCCACCCGCGAGUUUGAUAAGCCAAGAUGGGCAAGGAUCUAGGAUACAAGUGGUCGCCCUCACCGCUCCAAGAACCUUGUCAACGUCAUCAGGCUGAAAAAGUUGAAACGAAUCCAAUAAAACCUGAUAGACAGGUGCCUCGGUUACAUCCCCUGGUUCUGCACUAAUGUUAGCGUCCAAGUCGGAGCAAAUUCGAGCAACUUUGUCUGCAAAAUGAUGUGCGAACUCGCCACAUCGGGUUGUCAGGUGAUCAGAAGGCCCCUCCUCCUCAGGGGGAUGGAGGAGCUCCCUGACCACCUGAAACAACUCUCUUGGUCUAUUAGUUGCAGACGCAAUACGCGCAGUCAAAGUCUUUCUGGCUGCGCAUUGCCACGGAGUAUGCCUUAAGAGAGGCUUUAGCCCGUGUUCGGUCGGAUACACUUCGAGUCCUCCGCCAAUGGCUCUCUAGCCCCCGCCUCGUACGCUUCAUCACUGCCAGCUCCCCAGUAAACAGGGGGCUGGUUUGGAUCGUUGCAACAAGAGGGGACACUCGGGGGCAAUCGUGUCUAUUGCCCUAGAGACCUCCGUGUUACAUUUUCCUAAGCAAAGUAUUGAAAAACUAACAGUAUUUGCAGACAGUUCAUUUGCAGAACAACAGGAUAGAAAGUCAGUAAGUGGCUAUUUGAUACAAUAUGGAAAAGCUAUGAUUUGUUGGAGAUCACGAAAGCAAACCACGGUAACUGUUUCUACUGCAGAAGCUGAGUUUUCAGCACUUUCAGAAGCUGCAAAUGAAUUAAUUUGGUUAAAACAAUUACUGACUGAUUUAGGUUUAGAAUAUAAAAGUCCAGUUACUGUAUUUGAAGAUUCACAGACAUGUAUAGCCAUGGCCGAAAGGGAAAGUUGGAAAAACGGGACCAAAUAUAUAGCAGUAAAAUAUCAAAAUGUCAAACAAUUAAUUCAACAAGGAAUGAUAGAUUAUUGCAGAUCUGAAGAAAACAUAGCUGAUAUAUUUACAAAACCGCUUUCAGCAGAAAAACAUAACUAUUUGGUGUCUGGUUUGGAUUUGGUAAAUGUAAAAGAAAAUAUUUGACCAGAUAAUUGUGUUCUAAAAUGCCUGUAUGUAAAAUUAUAUAACUGUAAUAUUAUUUGUUGUAUGUUUGCUGUAUAUUGUUUUGGGAUUUUCACUUAAGAAAGGAAAGGGUUGUCAGAGUUUUAUAUCCUUUCUUAAGUGAAAAUGGGUAAGUGAUUGUAAGGAUCAUGACGAAUCACUGUAUGGCCAGCAACAUCAAGCCACCUGCUAGAGAUGGAGUACUACUAAUAGAGACUAAGUACAUUAUGUUUGAAGGUUUGAAGUUUGAGUUUGGAAGUUGGAACCUGAGGUUGGAGGCUUGAGGUUGGAGGUUGGGGAGAGUUUGAAUGCUGAGCUGGAGUUGCUGGAAAUAAUUUAUCCAAGUUGGAGUUGCCGGAGGUGUAUUAUUGCUGCAACGUCUGGAGAACAAAACUGUGGCAUCUUGCUGAAGAUAAGGACUUCGUUGUUUACUAUUCAUCGUGUGGAAACAACUGAAAAGAUCCAAGAACUCUUCUGUAUUUGUAAAUAUCUUUAUAUAAAUCUUUUCUUUUUUUAAAGAGA